AUACAUUCUUAAGAAAAUAUCUUAAUAUCUCAAAUACUUAAAGCAGGCCAACAACAUGAAGAACUCUGAAAGGUUAUUCUUAUACAUGGCAAUAGCUCUAAUCCUCAGUGUUGGCUUAGUCAAAACUGAGGAUGAAGAGCAAAGUCACUCGACUUCUGUGGCGGGAAUGGAGAAGUUGUUGCAACUGGAAGCCAAGUUUAUUGCGAGUCUCAGUGAAUAUGCGAAUGAAAUGGAAAAGAAGCUGAAUGUUGUGCGAGGUGCUCUGGUUCAAAUGCAAGCGGAAAGUGAUAAAGCCAUUAAUCAGACAGAGUAUUAUCUGUCGAAUCCCUUAAACGCAUUUUCAUUGAUUCGCCGCAUGCAUCAGGAUUGGAUUGAUUGGAAGAUCUACAUGGAGGAGCCCAUAGGCUGGUCCCAUGUAGCAUUCAUAGAGAAGCACAAGGCAGAGCUGCCGAACCAAGCUGAUCUGCAGGAGGCGUGUCUGGCCAUGCAGCGCCUCAAGGAUGUAUAUAAUCUAAAGGUAAUGGAUAUGGCAACGGGCUUACUCAAUGGAAAGCAGUACAACACCAGUUUAAGUGCCCUGGACACCUAUGAACUAGGUCAGUACUUCCACAAACAUCAAAAAUAUCAAGUGGCCAGGGAUUGGUUUAAUGCCACCAGCACUUGGCUGAUGAAUCAUACGCUCUUCACACCAAUCGCAGCGGAUCAAGCGAAUAUGUUGUAUAUGUUUGCUGCAGCUUUGGUAAAAAUAAAAUAUUAUUCCAUUGCUCGUCCUAUACUCAAUCUUGCUAUGAAGCUGGGGAAUGGAAAACUCGAUGCUGUAUUAUUGAAAUUAGAUGCGGAUAUCGAGAGGCUAAGUCGGGAUGAGCCUUAUAUUAUACCGGAAACCGAAACCAUAACAAGUUUCUAUCAAACCGGAUGUCGUGGUCUAUUCAAAUCACAGUUAAAGUUCCAUUGUCAAUAUAAAUUUGGUCCUUCGUCGUUUCUGCGUCUGGCACCGCUUAAAGUGGAGCUCGUACUUCUCGAUCCCUUCAUAGUGGUCUAUUAUGAUGUAUUGUCGCCCCUUGAGAUAACCGAACUCCAAACCUAUGCCCGACCGUUACUUAGGCGUUCAGCUGUGUAUAAAGCUGGCAAGAAUAUUUUCCAAACCGCGCGAACCUCAAAGGGUACCUGGAUCUACAAGGAUCACAGCAAUUUAACAAUAAAUAUUGCCCGUCGCCUCGAGGAUAUGACAGAUUUAACAUUGGAGGGUUCAGAGGGAAUGCAUAUAUUAAACUAUGGUCUGGGUGGUCAUUAUUUUUCACACUAUGAUUACUUUAAUAUUUCCACGGAAAUUGAUCCGGAGAGUCAAAAGAAUGAACGCGUCGCCACAGUUCUUUUCUAUUUCACUGAAGUGGAACAGGGAGGUGGUACAGUAUUUCCUAAGCUACAGCAGAUCUUCAAUCCUCAACCUGGUAUGGCAGUCUUUUGGUAUAAUUUACAUGAUGAUGGCACACCCAAUAAUAAGACAUUGCAUGGAGCAUGUCCAGUUUUGGUUGGCUCCAAGUGGGUCAUGACUCAAUGGAUUAAGUUAUAUCCGCAGAUCUUUACCAGACCUUGUCGAAAGCGUCAUACAUUUUAAUCAAACUUAAACAGAAAGGGUUUUAAUUCUAUUAACCAUUUAAUUAUCCAGCAAACACUCGGAACCUCUCAAUAAACUUGACGAUUAGUUAGGACUGAAAUAGACCCUUGGCUGUAAUGCUGUUGUCACUUGAUCCUUUAUACAUAUAUAUGUUCGACCGACACGUAUGCAAAAUCAUAGACAAACAAAUUUCCGGCAUAAUCACUUUACACACUUAACAAAAAAGCAACCAGAACCUCCUCCCAACCCAAACCAAGCCAACUCGGCUCAGAGUUCAGGGACUUAAAUGCUUUUUAAAAUGCCAACAUGGAAAAAAUAAAGUGCUGAGUGGUUGAUGGUC